CCCACCAUUACCACUUCUGCAACCACCAUAGCAACGACUGUCGCGUACCAAAGUUUCAGCAAAGACAAUUCUCGUCCGCCUGAAGCAACACUGACUUUCUCCGCCAUUCUUCGUCGACUUUGUCCCUUGUGCUACCUACGCUGCCAGGAACAUGCUGGGCGCGUGGCUUCACACGCUUUGCUGGCAUGGCAGCUCACGUCACUCACCGAACAUGUGCCUCGUCAUCACCGUCGCAGAGAAGCUUCUAGCAAUGGAACACUGAGAUAA